GAUAAAGACUGGGAUUGUAUAACUGAGUGACACCUAGGGUGCUCAACGAUUGUGCUAAAAGGGAGGGGAGAAAAGAAUUUAUUCACAGUCUUGCAAGAACAGACGCACAGCCAGACACAUGGCAGGCGUCCCAAGAAAAGAACAUGGCAACAGUUAUAUCCUACCCCUAAUAUGCAGAUCCCUCUCCUAUUUCCCCAUUGGCUGGGUACUCCAGAGGUUACAGCAUAUCUGAGAGAGCUAACCAGCCUGCCUUUGAGAUUUUGAAUUGUACAGCCUAUUAGAGAGUUAACUAGUUUAAAUUUCUUGCUGAGAGUUCCCACCUUUGAUUAUACCCCAUAUGUCUUUACGUUCCAGUAAUCCUGGUUAUUUUUCCCAUAUAAGGAGCUGGUGCUGAUUCUAGGCUUACAUCAUGGCUUUCUCUUUUUCCUUUCUUUUACCAUGGAGCCUGUUUAAGCCAGUUCUGCCGCCAUUUUCCCUAUUCCAUGUUGCCUUUAUGUGAAAGCUAAACUUAACCCUUUCUUACAGAUUCCCUCCUCUUUAUUUUUAAACUCUUUUUAGUUUUCACAUUCUAGUUUCUCAAAUCUGCUAAGAGCUUUUUUACAUUCCUCAUCAUAGGGAUUUUUCUUUUUGAGGGGGUAUAGAUUGUUCUGCUGAUAUUCUUGGUUAGGGCAGUUUCAGUGAGUCUCUGAACUAACCCCUGAGCACAUGGGAUAAUGUAACAUCCAACUGCUGUGAACACUCCGGCUGAAAUGAUAAGGGAAGUUUCCAUUUCCCGAACCAAUUUUUUUAACCACCCUGUGAGUGGUUUGUUAAUGCUAGAAUGUUUUUGCUAGUUCUUGAAAUAAGGCCGUUAAGCUUUGUAAAGCUUUGGUGAUCGUUUCGUCAGGUGCCGAACAACUUCCCCCAAUCAUAACACUGGUACCUCCCUUUUCAGCUAGCAUCAUGUGUAGGGCCAUUCUAUUUUUCCAUGCCAUUUGGCUAGUGGCAUCUAACUGUUCUGCUAUUCCCUUAAUGACAUCCCUGGUGUAGUUGAUAAAUCUUUGCUGAUUAUCCACAUUUUUAUUGAUGGUGACCCACCAGAAUAAGAAUGAUUGAAAUCCUGCAGCCACUUGAUUUCUAGUUUUAAACUCAUUUGGAACAUCCCGGGGAAGCCCUAUACUCUCUAAAUAAAUUCCUUCAUCAAAGGAACCAGCUUUCUAAAAUGUCCAAUAAAGAAUCUUGUGGAAAAAAAGAGAAGUCUCAGGGAAAAGGCACCGCCUCAUCAUCCAGCUUUGAUGAAGAUAAGAAGGGGAAAAAAUCCUUAACAAGUUCUACUAGUUCAGCUUACUCUGUAAGAGCAGUUUCAUCAGAGAAGAGAAAACUGAAAUCAGAUCAUACCGACAUUCUGUACUGUAAUACAAAAAGAAGACAGGAGCUGAAAAGAUUGAAUGUAGAGCCUGACACUCCAAGAAAGAAACCAAAAAUCAGCUCUUCAUCCCAAGGACUUGUUAAACUCCAAGAGGCAUCAUAUUCAAAUGAUAAUCAAGUUAUUUCACAGAGUCCUUCAAAUGGAACUAAAAAAGAUAUAAGUAAACAUGUAGAUUUUAAAUUUAAAGAUAUUAAAUUGGCAGACAUUAGGUGUAAGUGUGACCAUGAACUUAAAAACCUUAGUGUGUCUAAGAUUUCGAAAGAUAUGAAACCUAAAGCUGAAGGCCAGGCAAGUGAAAAAAGAGGUCCUCAUUUACUUGCUCAGAGAGAGAAGAAGAAAGAACUCAAGAAAGCAACAUGCAAUAAAUUGAGAGACAGUUCAGAAAAAUGUGUCUUGGAUAAAUGCAAGAGAAAUCAAUUUUCUGAGGAUUGUAAUUCCAACAAGAUGAUUAGGGAACCACUCAAGUCUAAAAGAAAGAAGAUAAGUUUCAAAAUCCCAUUAAAAUCCCAUGAUACCCUUCAGAAACUUGCAGGAAAAAAUGUCUUCAAUUUAGAUUUUAGCAAGUUAAACGCUAAACAGAAGGACAAAGAAUGCCAGGAAAACUCCCAGGUUUCAUUAAAUUUGACUAGGUACAAAAGUGAACAUUUAUCUUCAGAUUCCACAUUUAAGCAGACUAUUCAUGAGUGGAAAGAAAAAUAUCAUCAUGAGCAUCAAGAAAAGAAUUCUUCAAGUUCUAGUGAAAAUACAACCCAGAGUUUUGAAGCCCCGUGUUCUUCUGUGUCACCUGAAAGUAUUCAAGAUACAGAUCAAGAGAUGCAGAUAGUAGAAGAGCUUCAUACUGCACGUGUGAGAAAAAGUUUGGAUUUACCUGUGGUUCCACCUUCUGAAGAGUUAAUGAGUAUGGAAAUUGACUUGGUGGAAGAUAAUGUACAUUCUUCUGCUGCAAAUGCUGCUUCAGACAAAAAGCUCCUUAUUGUUAUUGACACAAAUAUUCUGAUGAAUCAUCUCAAAUUUGUUAGAAUUUUGAAGACAACAGAAAUACCAGACUUUGACAGAGUUGUGUUGAUAAUUCCCUGGGUGGUUGUGCAGGAAUUAGAUCGUAUGAAAGCAGGAAAACUACUAAAACAUGGCCAGCACAAAGCUAUACCUGCAGUUCAUUUCAUCAAUGACAGUCUUAAAAAUCAAGAUAGAAAGCUGUGGGGUCAAUCAAUACAACUUGCAUCUCAAAAACUUUAUGGAUUAAGUGAUGAGAACAAUGAUGAUCGAGUAUUAAAAUGCUGCCUUCAGUACCAGGAAUUAUUCCCUUGUUCUCUUGUUAUUCUGUGCACGGAUGAUAGAAAUUUAAGAAAUAAAGGCCUAAUGAGUGGUGUGAAGUCACUCAGUAAAGAAGAAUUGAGGACAGAGUUAUUAAACUUAUCUCUGAAUACAGAUGUGUGUCAUCAGCCUUGUAUUUCUAAGCAACAAUUGAAAGCAGAUGCAACACUCUUAGGAGAAAGCUACGAAAAAGAAUCUACAAAUUCUGGACUAUCCAUUCUUCUUGAAAGCAUCAUGUCUGAUCUUGAAAAAUCUCUUGGAACAGCUUUAUCUUCAAUAUUAGAAACAGAAAUGAAAAUUGCUUUUGGAAACCUGUGGAUGGAGGUGCUGUACUUAAAACCACCAUGGACUCUAAUACAUUUAUUACAGUGCUUUAAAAAACACUGGUUGGCUGUAUUUGGAUUAGUUAUGGAAAAGAAACUACUUUUAACCAUUGAGAACCUAUAUGAAAAUCUCUGUAAAGCUAAUAAUGCAGUGGAUUUUACAACAGCCGAGUUCCUGCUUCAGGAUUCUAAAAGUUUGUUACAUGCUUUCAGUACAAGGUCAAAUUAUGAUGGUGUUCUUCCACAGGCCUUUGCUGAAGUAAACAAACUGCACCAAACAUUUGCAGAGGUCAAAACAAAUAAGCCAAGUCCUUCAGAAAACCCAGUGGGUAAAAAGCAGGAAGAUGCUUCUUCAAUGAAGUCCAGUAGCCAAGAGAUCACCUUUUCCUCGGGUUCUCAACUUCUCCAACUUAACCGACAUCAAGAAAUCUGGUCUGUACUAGAGAAUGUUUGGAUUACACUGUAUCAGAACAGCAUGGAUGUUUUUCAAAGAUUGGGCUCUAAUUCAGCUCUGACUUCUUCAAAAAUAGCAUCAUUUGAAGAAGCAUUUCUGUAUCUUCAAAAGCUAAUAACAACUGUGAAGGAUAUUCUUGAAGGAGUUCAGAGGAUUUUGGCCCCCAACAGUAAUUAUCAAGAUGUUGAGACCCUCUAUAACUUCCUAAUCAAGUAUGAGGUAAAUAAAAGUGUCAAAUUUACUGCCCAGGAACUUUAUGAUUGUGUUUCACACACUGAGUAUCGGGAAAAGUUAACCAUUGGAUGCCGCCAACUGGUUGAGAUGGAAUAUACCAUGCAGCAGUGCAAUGCAUCUGUCUAUAUGGAAGCCAAAAACAGGGGCUGGUGUGAAGAUAUGCUCAACUAUAGGACCUAAGUGCUGAUUUGUAACUUAAAAGGAAUUGACUUUGUCUUCAAGAAUAACGGAGUACCUUCAGCCCGGUCACUUUUUUGAGCCAAAUGCUAGAGAAUUGUAAGAAAUGCCUUAUAAGUAUAGAAAUGUGAUAGCCUAUUACUUCCAGUCUCAUUGAGGCUUUUAAAAAAAGCUUAAUGCAUCCAUUAUAAGAUUGCUUCUGGAGUUAAUGUUACCUCCCUACCUCUACUGAUACUGAGCCAGUAUAUGAAAGGAAAGGAGAAUCAUCUCUUCAGUCAUCUACUGUGGCAUCUGAGGAAGGUCCAGGACACAGCAUUAGCAUCUCUUUCACCCCUAAAUAUGGACAUAUGACCAGAGAUACUUCUAAACCCCAAGAAAGAAUUAGUACAUGACCAUGCUCACCAUAUCCACAAAUGAAAUCUUACCCUGGACUGUUUUCAUGAUCAAAUUGUCUUCCAUGUAGACCUGGUAAAAAUAACACUCCCCAUUUGCCCCAGCCCUUUCCCCACUCUUUCAAGGUAAUAAAACUCCAACUCUGACUUCA